AUGGAGAACUUACAUUUAACGAAAGAGUAUGUUUCGGUCAAUGAUAUUGGGAAUGCUCUUGAAAAUGUGGAUACUUCUAAACUCCAAGUUGCAAAGAAGAUUGAUAUAACAGCCAAAAAGAAGGCUCACGAAGGAAAGAGAGCUCAUGCUAAAAAUAAUGGGGAUGUUGGAAAAACAAUGUCGGCUAGACCUAAAGACAAAACCUCGAAGAGAACAAAACGACAUGAUGCAGCAAUCAACAACCUUGUUCAACAAGGAUGGUCAGUUAUUAACAAAAGCAAGCAUCAGAUAACAGUAGUAAAAAUUCCCGAACCGACACCAAUUGACGGCAACUCCACAGCAUCUAAUCGUGGAGGUGUGAAGACAGGAGAAUGUGUUGGAAGAUCUUGUGUUUCCAGAAAAAGCAGAAAAGACAAAUUCGAGGCUCAAAGUAGAAGCAAGAUUCUUCACAAAGCCACAUCUUUUGAAAAGAGAAUCAAGGAAACUCAAGCGGGGAGUGGAAAUGGAGGAGUUGCCAGUGUUUCUCAUCAAAAGAAAUCUUUAUUAAGAAGAUUCGUUCUAGGAUCAAGAAAAUUAAUGGGUAGAUUUGUUACAUGUGGAAAGCUGGAAGAAUAGAAUUUGAAUACUAGUGUGACUAGGCCUAUUUAUAAUGCUUUAUUAAAAAUGUAUAAUAUUGGCAAUUAUGAAAAU